AUUUGUAUUGUUAUUUAUUUUUUUUUUUGUUAAUUUAACAAUAAAAGCUUGGCUAAACAAAACAAAUGAGUUAGCAAUGGAAUUUUUCACAAAUUACUAAAAAUAAGACAAAGAAGAAGUGGCCAUAACAAGAAGGGGUGUGAACAGCUGAUGCCUGAUAAUACGGAUGGGGGAAACUCCGCGGAUAAGGGAAAGAAAACCAACCCCCGAGAAUCGAUGCUCAGUUGCAAUUUGCAUGUGCUGCCGUGGAGACGAGCUGCUCUCCGCCGACUAAUAAUAAUCUCAGCUGAACUAGAAUAACUAUUCGCAGAUCAACAACAAAUGCUGGAAUAUACACAUCACUAGCCGCGCCCCCCUACCAACACCGCCCCCCUGCAAAAACCGAGAUGUCUGGGACGUUGUGAAAUAGUAACACUCACCAUUCUACAUCGACAUUCGUCAUCGGAGCCGGAACCGUGGAAAGCCCCAAAUAGGAUGGCCCUCGCCAGUGCCGCCGCUGCCCUUUUGAAGGGAUCCCAGACGCCUCUGCAGCAGCUCCUGGAGGACAUCAACUUUCAGAGGACCAAGGAGAUGCGCCAGCUGCUGAAGGACGAUGGUGGUUUCGUUGUGCUCCAGGGCACCACCUACUGGACGGACCUGUUCGUGCGGCACUUCCUCUUCCAGACAGAGCCCGUGCACAGCAUCGACUCGGACGAUUUGCUCUUCUUUGUGCGCAAGAAGCACGUGAAGAGCUCCUCGCGCCACAUGCCAAAAUUUGAGACUGAGGUGGAGGUAUUCCGCAAGGACUCGCGCAAACUGCCCAUCGGGGAUCCCGAUGUGGACUGGGAGGAGACAGUCUAUCUGAACAUGGUCAUCCACCAGUUCGAUUACACGCUGACACUGGCCAUUUGCACCAGAACCUCGCCCAAGGAGCUGCAGGUGCUGAGGAGGCACUCGCAGAGGGUGUACGCCAGUCCCAGUCGCCGGAAGAUGGACACCAAGGGCGAGGGCGAGGAGAUCACGUAUCCGCACAUCUGCUUCAUGGUGGACAACUUCGACGAGGUGUUCAGCGACAUCUUGGUGCGCGACGGGGAGAUGGUGUGCGUGGAACUGGUAGCCAAUGACAAGGAUGGAGCUGUCCAGGGCGUGAUUUUCUUGGGAUCCAUACGCUACGAUGCCCUGAAGAAGGUGUACGAUGCCAGGCAAUCCAGUCUGAGUUCCAAGGUGGCGCAGCGCAUGUCUUUCGGCCUCUUCAGCAGUGGAGCGGGCGUCCAAACACGCUGUGAAUUUGUCCGGAUGAAGGGACCGCAGGGAAAGGGCCAUGCCGAGAUGGCGGUGACCAAGCCAAAGGGAUCCGGGGUGGAGACGCCCACCAGCGAGCCGGGAUUCUGCGCCACUGACAUGUGGGACGAGUGGGAGGAGGAGAACGACGACUACUGCACCUACCGUCAUCAGCGACGUCUCAGCGAUCCGAGCGCCAAUCUGAACAACUUCUCCCGCUACGGCUGGCGCACCAAGAACUCGAAUAACCAGGACAUGGUGGGCAGUGGCACCAGUCCCAGUGUGGGUGCCAAAGCGCGAUCGGAGAACGAGGGACUGGAUUCGCUGGCCAGCGAGGUGUCCGAGAUCGAGGCUGGAGAUCUGCGCGAUGAUCAGCAACGUCCUGCUUUCUCGGCCUCCGCGGCAAAACUGCACCCAAAUCCGAAUUGCGAGACCCACAAGCUCGCUGCUGGUGACCAAGAAAAGUUGCCCCAAGAAUCUCCAACUGGGAGUUCUUCCACUGCUCCAGCGGCCGCUGCUGUUCCGGCCGUGACUCCGCCUCCUUUGAGUGCCGCCGUGGAGGUCACAGUCUCCGGCGACAGCAAAGGAGCUGGGCAAAACUCGUCCACGGGCUGCAACUGUUUCGGUGGCAAGAAGGGCAAGAAGCGCUGGGCGUCGGCCAAGAACACGGACACCCCCGAAAUGUCCGAGGUGUACUGCCCCAGCUGCGAGGAUCCGUCCAACGAGUCGCCCGCCUGCCUGGCCAAGAUGCCCGACAAGCGGCCCACCCGUCUCAAGCCCAAGACCAGCAUCCUCAGUGUGGAGAGCGAGCUGCUGGUGGGCAAAAGGAGCAGUUUCAGGCUUCCGUCGGAGACCAAGCGCAAGCAGCAGGGUGCAAGCAUCACCAGGAGCGCUUCACUCAGCGCCGCUGAUCGCAGGACCAGUCUGCCGGUGGCCACCAAGAAGAUUAUAACCCCAAGACUGCGCUCGGCCAAGGCCAAGGAUCCGGAGAAGGACAAAGAUAGCAAGGAUAAGGACAAGAACAAGGAGAACGACAAGAAGUCUUCGAAUCAGAAGGUCAACGGCUCGGCAACCAACUUUCUGGCCAAGAUGUCGCCCAAGCGGCUCAAAGCCGGCAAGGACAAGGAAAAGGACAAAGACAAAGACAGCGACAAGACUAAGGAAAAGGACAAAGGCAAAUCAAGUGGUGCGACAAAACACAAGGCUGUCAACAAUAACAAUCCAAGGCCUGAAGCCUCUAAGAGCGAGGAGUACGAAAUCGCCGACGAUGCUACCUCGCUGAAUGGUAGUGAGUCCGAAGGAGCUGGAGCCGCCAAGAUGGCCAUCCUAAGUGAGAGCGAUAGCAAGCUGAUGAUCAGUGUGCGAGGACGUGAGGAGCUGCCGGUGGUGGAAUCCCCCAAGACCCCACCCAACCGAUUUGAGAAAUGUGUCCGCGUUGCGGUGGAGCCGGAAAAUCAUCCGCUGCAGCCGGACGAGAACAAUGAGAACGAGGAGAGUGAAAUAACCAAGGUGAUUUCGCCCACGGAACUUACGCCUAUGCUCGAUGUGGCCAAUGGCAACCAGGAGGCCACCAGUGCUACUCUUCCGCGGACAGCCAAGCAGGCUCAUGUCAGCAAGAUGCUGCAUCUGGUGCCGAAGCGCCGAACUCCAGAUGGCACCAACAUCUACUACUGGUGCGACGUGCCCAAAAAGGCACUAAAAGAACUCGACGACGGCGCCUACAAUCCUCUCUGGACCAGUCGAGGCUUUACUCAGUCCUUUCAUUUCUGGAAAGAGAACAGAAGACAGCAGUCCACGCCGCUCAAUGCAUUCCUCACCUAUGUGACACUGCCCUGGUGGAGCAUUGCAAAGGAUCUCUUGGAUCACCGGGAAACGCCUAUUCUGACCUUUUAGUAUUAACUUCGUUUGCAAUUGUGAUUUAUGCCCGUAUGCUUUAUAGUUCUCACAUUUAUUCCCUAUUUACCGAUCGAAUGCCAACCGUGUGAUCAGUCCUAGUUUGUUUAUCAGUAUAUUUGCUUUUUCUCGACCAACGUUGAGUUUCCUAAAGCGCAUCCGCGCGGAUUAAACUACUUGGUGAGCGCAGAGCCAACCUACAAAUUUAUGAACUACGAACUACGAUAGUGAACACUGUUACCGAUGAUAUGGAAAUAUAUAAUAGUAAUAUUAUUUGUAAAUUGUACGGCAACAUUUAUACCACGAAAUAUAUACCAAAUAGAAAAAGAA